AUGCUACCGCGAAUACGAGGGCGCGCGGUUUUGGUGUCUUCCCUCGCUUUAUUAAUUGUGUUUUCCUUGACAUUAAUACAAGAUCCGGUUUUAAGACGGAUCAUGCCUCAAACACCGACUUUAGAGUCGAACGGGGUAUCUGAGUCAACAUCAACGCCGUUCAAGGCAUCGGAAUCACCACCGUACAAGAUUCGUAUCCCCGGUAAACCCAUGAAUUUUAAAAUCACCGGAUUUGUGUUUUAUGGUCGCCGCGAUCGAGUGGAAUCCAUGCAUUGUUAUGUUGAGAGAAACCUUGUCACGAACGGCGGCUGGCUUGAUGAUGUUAUUUGGAUUGCCAAUACUGAAAACUCCGCCGAUCUCUCCUUCUUAAACGAGAUACUCGCCAGAUCACCUCUCUACAAGGCACAUCGUCUGGAGAAAACAGUAUGGUGGCCGGACUACGCCAAGUUAUGGCGCUUAGUCGAACGUGGUACAAUUUACGUUAAAAUUGACGAUGAUAUUGUUUGGUUUGCCAAUGAUGCUAUCGAACGAAUCGUACAGACGAAGAUUGAGCACCCGGAAGCUUUUGCUGUCUCGGCCAAUAUUAUAAACAACCCACCUCUUAGUUUCAUGCACUAUCACAUGGGAGCUCUUCAUCCCUACUUUCCAGACAUUCCAGAGGGAUUUGACUUGAACAUUCCGUGGCGCCCCUCCGCUUAUCCGAAUUGGACCGGCCCAUCCGAUUUCGAAUGGUCUCUCGACUACAUGCCCCCUCCAUCCCCCCCCAUCACCUUAACCUACGAGGUAUGGGGUCCAACUUACGAGAGCUGGGCUAUUGCCUCUCAGCAGCACUAUUCUCUACUGGAAAACAUUGAAAAUGACCAGCUCGACCUCUACAAAUUUAACCUACAGUGGGAUAUGAAAGGGGAACGAAUUCGUAUGAACUUCUUGGCAAUCCUCGGUGAUGACGUCCUUGAUACAGAUCCUUUUAACUGGCCUAGCAACCAAGGCGAUGAAGAUAUGCUUAUCUUAAAGCUGCCUCAUGACUUGGGAAGACCAAUAUUGAUUGAAGGUACCGCGUUGGCAGCGCACUUUAAUUAUAUGCAUCAAGGGGGUGUAACCACGACAGAUCUCUUGGAAAGAUACACGUCUUUGGCAGCCGAAGAGGUGUGCUUAAUGUCCAUAGCGUCAUGA